GCUUGUCAUUUUAUCAAAAAAGACUUAUUGUAGUUGUAACUUGUAAGUAGUUCUACUUAUGAGUUAUUAUUCUAAGAUUGUUAUAAAAUAUAUUUAAAUUAAUAAUAAUUAUCUAUUACCUUUGUGAGAAUAAAUACUGAAUAAACGCAUACAUUGGAUACAUUAUAAUACAAUGUCGACUAAUGAUUCACCUAUAUCCAAAGUGGUAGUUCACCCAUUGGUGUUGCUGAGUGUCGUUGAUCAUUUUACUCGGCUAGGAAAAAUCGGCAACCAAAAGCGAGUAGUAGGUGUAUUACUUGGUUCUUGGCAGCAGAAUAAAGUGCUUGACAUUUCUAAUAGUUUUGCUCUUCCGUUUGAUGAAGAUGAUAAAGACAAGUCUGUGUGGUUCCUCGAUCAUGACUAUCUUGAAAAUAUGUAUGGUAUGUUCAAGAAAGUAAAUGCUCGUGAAAAAGUCGUUGGUUGGUAUCACACCGGUCCUAAACUCCACCAAAAUGACAUAGCUGUCAAUGAAUUAGUACGUCAGUACUGUGUAAACAAUACUUCUGUCAUGGUUAUUGUUGAUGUUAAGCCCAAGGAUGUUGGUAUACCUACUGAAGCCUACCGUGUUGUGGAGCAAAUUCAUGAUGAUGGAUCACCACCAUCAAAGACGUUGGAACACAUUGCUAGUGAAAUUGGAGCAGAAGAAGCUGAAGAGGUUGGUGUUGAACAUCUACUUAGAGAUAUUAAAGACUCGACUAGUGGUUCCUUAAGCCAACGUGUUGCCAACAUAAUAUUUGGUGCUCGAGGUCUCUACAAACAAAUGGUUGAUAUAAGAGAUUAUCUACAACAAGUUGUUGAUGGAAAAUUACCGGUUAAUCACCAAAUUAUUUAUCAACUGCAAGAAAUAUUUAAUCUCUUACCUGACGUAGAAAAAGAUACUUUGGUUGCUGCAAUGCAUGUUAAAGUAAAUGAUCAUAUGCUUGCUGUGUAUUUAGCAACUACCAUUAGGACCAUUAUUGCAUUACACAAUUUAAUCAACAAUAAGAUUGCUAACAGUGAUGAUGAAAAGAAACAAUUAAGGGAACCAGAAGAAAAAAAAGAUGAAGUUGCAAAGAAGAAAGAAAUCAAAACAAAAUAGGUCGAUAAUAUGAUUCAAUUAUAUAAUAUAAUUGUAAAUAAAUACCUUUAUAACAUUUUUUUUUUGUCUCAAAUUUUGCAAACACAUCAUAUACUCCACACAUACAUUUUUAUUUUAUUAUAAAUAUUUUGUUUUCGACAGUGCA